AUGAGUGGUAAGCCAACCGUAGCAGAAGCAAAGGAUUUAAAGGAAAGAGCUAUUAAGAUUUUUCAAAACGCCAAGUUCACAUUACACAAAUGGCAUUCAAAUAAUCCUCCCCGAGAAGAACGUGAACCAGAGUUGGUCGCUGAAAUACGUAGAAGCCUUUAUGUUGACGACCUACUGAGUGGUAAGCCAACCGUAGCAGAAACAAAGGAAAGAGCUAUUAAGACUUUUCAAAACGCCAAGUUCACAUUACACAAAUGGCAUUCAAAUAAACCUGAGUUGGAAAGUGGACAGAGUCCAGUGUGGAGACGGAGAAUACCGAUCUGGAGUCGCGUCUUCUCGGCCUGUCCUCAAACAAGGAAGCUGAUGAGUUCAGUGUUGUGGUCCCUGAGAUGAAACCGAACGUAACUAAGAGAGAACUUUUGAGUAACCUAGCAACCAUUCAUGAUCCAUUGGGCCUUGUAGCACCUGUGACACUCAAGGGAAAGAAAAUCUAUACCGAGAAACGUGCAACAGCAUGGGAUGCAUCACUUCUGGAACCACAAGCAGCAGAAUAUGGUCGAUGGGAGAGGGAAAUGCCUAAACGUGUAACUGUAUCAAGAGCUUUGACAACUCAGGGCGAAGCUGUAGAAGAAAUUGAGCUGCACACAUUUGGGGAUGCAAGCGGGAAAGGAGUUUGUGCAGCCCUUUAUGCAAUUGUGAAACAAAGUGGUGAUACCAACGUGGGUUUAGUCGCUGCCAGAGCAAGAUUAGCAAAACAGGACUCGCCUAGAACUUGUUUCCGCCCAUAUAGUAGCAAAUCUGAUGAUAAAUGUUCAACAGGCACUUGAUGGAAUGCCUGUUACGGGAACCUACGGAUGGCUAGCAGCACG